UUUUAAAUGUAGGUAGAGCUUUGAGAUUUCAAGCUAAUUUGCCUAUAUAUUUUUGGGGUGAAAGUGUCCUUGCUGCCGCACAUUUAAUAAACCGAAAUCCUUCCCCUCUCUUGCACAAUAAAUCUCCCUAUGAAAUUUUAUUUACACAAACUCAUCUUACACUACCAUCCGUACUUUUGGGUGCCUUUAUUUUGCUCACAAUCAAAAGGCUAAGGGUGAUAAAUUUGCAAGUCGUAGUCGUAAAUGUGUUUUUGUUGGCUAUCCGUUUUGGAAGAAAGGUUGGAGACUCUUUGAUCUUGAAUCAAAAGACUUUUUGUGUCUUGUAAUGUAAAAUUCUUUGAAGACGUUUUUCCUUUUCUUGAUCCAAUUUCAUCAAACAUUAUUCCGAAAAAUAUUGUUCUAAUAUGUAUGGAAGUGCCAUAUGAUUUUGAUGAUGUGAAUGUGGGGUUUCAAGAGAAUGAUGUUGGCCAAGGUCAUGUGCCUCACACAGCUCAACAGCACCAAGCCGAGGCUGCUCCAGCCACUCCGGUGGUGCCAUCGCACGCUAGAAGGCCGCUGGCCGAGAGCACCUCACCUACUGCUCAACCAGCUGGAAAUCCAACGUGCGCUGGCCUGGGCGAGAGCAGUGGCACUGCUGGCAGUGGCCACGGACAAGGGGGGCAACAACACUCUUCCACAUUAUCAACAACAGCAACACCGAGUCAGCCCCACACCGAUGCAGGCCCUGAUCAGUCUUCCACGCAACAUAUGGGUAAAGGCAUGCGUGAGAAAUUUCUGAGUGUGCUUUUGCGAGACUAUGUGACACACACUAUCAUAGCAAACAGUCCAUCAUCUCCAUCUUCUAACACUCCGUCUCCAAGGCAUCCCUCAGAUGUUAGUUCCGGCAAAGAGCCAAGGUCUUUCAAGGAGGCCAUGAAAGAUGCAGGUUGGAGACGUUCAAUGCAAACUGAAAUUCAAGCUGUAGAAAAGAACAAAACAUGGACUAUGGAGGAUCUUCUCCCCAGCAGACAACCUCUUGGAAGUCAAUGGGUGUAUAAAAUAAAUUACAAUUCCGAUGGUAGUAUCGAAUGAAUAAAAUCCAGAUUAGUUGUUUUUGGAAAUCAUCAAAAACGGGGCAUUGACUACUCCGAAACUUUUGCACCUGUUGCUAAGAUGGUCAUUGUUCGAGCUUUUCUUGCUAUUGCAGCGAUGACCGUCAGAUCGGGUAUGAGAGUAAAGUUGAUUUUCGUCGGAAGCUCGCCCUGUCGGGCACGCCACUAGGCAGAGCCCGCCCUGCCGGGCGCAGGAACAUGUUAGAUUACCAACGACUCUUUUACUUCCUCUUCCUUUGUAACUCCCCCUUAACACCCAUAAUUAAUGGGAUGUUUUAAGGGGUUGUUUACUCACUUUUAUUUAUGAUUAAAAUCUUUGUCCCUUUGGAUUCUUCAACUCUUGAUUAUCCGCUUUUAUUAUAUAUUUCAUGGUUGAGAAAAUCAUAAUACAAGGUUACAUCCAAAUAAGCUAAACAC